UAUUUAUUAACUUUUUAAAAGAAAAUAAUGAUGUCUUUUAUGCAAUCAAAUCUUAACAUUGUCGAUAUUUGUUUACAUUGACAUCAAAAUGGCGGACUACCAUUAAAUUGGAAUAGAAAACAGUAAUGGCAUCAGAAAAGUCAAGUACUACAAUUUACAUUGGGAAUCUUACAACAAAAUCUCGAUUAAUUGAACUGAAGGCCAGUCUUCUUAAGCUGCUGCAGAAAAGUCUAAAAAUACAUGUGACCUCAAAUGACAUCAGCAUUAUAAAUGGUACAAAGAGAUACGCGCUUGUUGAUGUUCACAAUGAACAAAAUGUUGAUUAUCUGUUAGAAACUUUAUCUGAUGGCGAGGAUAGAAAAAAGAUAAAAUUUAAUUUUGAUCAGAUAGUUGAACCAGGAAAUUGGUUAUAUGUUGACAAAGUAAAAUCCAACGACGACAAACAAGCAAGAGAUGAUUUUGAAAAUGCUAAGAAUCCGAAACCAUUUCAAAAACCACAUCUUCAUACAAGAAAACGUCCUGAAUAUGAUGUUGUAGUUCCGUUAAGACCGACAACCAAUUCUAAAUCUUAUAGGGCAGGAUCAAGACUCAGCAGUAGUUCAUUAAAAAGUCAGAGUCGUUUAACCCCAAAAUCGCUCCCUUCAACUGACUUAGACGUUACUUUACCGGAAUCUCACAGUCACUCAGGUGCACACAAAGAGCCUCAGUCCAGUGCACAUGAGGAAUCAGGGGAAGUAAUGCAUAAAAGGAUUGAUAUGAUACCUCUGGCGGAUUCAACAUUGAAGACACACGAAGACUCAGACGAUUCAGGAACACAAAUGGAUUCUGUACAUAACCAAACACUUUCAUCAAUACAUGGAGAUGGUGAUGAUUAUGAAACUUCACCUCAUCAUUCUGAUUACGAGGAUCCUCCAGGUUCUGUCAUAGAUAUGAGGCACAGCAGCAGGUCAUCUAUUCAAGGGAAGAUAACUCCAAGGAUACACAGACGAACAGCAAGAGUAAAUAAGUCCUCAGCUAGUAGGAGAGAUUUUUUUGAUUUUCUGGAUAGACAAGUUGGUAAAUAUAUGCACAAAAAAACAAACAACACUUUCUUCUGACAAAACACUAAUUGGUUUCAACAGAAAUACUUGUUUUGAAAAAGCACAUUGUUGUCUGUGGUGAUACUUGAAGCAUGUGAUUUUUUUUAGAUUAUACAAAUAUAUUUUAGUGUGAUUGUGUUGGAAGCUGUAAGCUUAUUGAAACACUCUUAAAUUCGUUCCUGGAAGCAACUGGUUCUAAGCAAUGAAUGUAAAGUUUCUUGCUUAAGGAAACAAUGGCUUGCUCCUGACUGGGUCCAAACCCAUAGGGCCAGCAAUCCUUAGAUUACUAACCUGACAUGUUAACUACUCUGCCCAUGUGCCACUUGAAUGUAAUGUAAUGUUUGUGUUCUAGUCAGAAAAUAAAAUGUUAUGUCUUGAAUAUUAUUUGAAAAGUGUUGAGUGAUUUCAAGCAACAAAAAGCUAUUUCAUUAAACACUAUUAAUUAAACUCAUGUCUAUGAUAGAAUAAGCACAAAUUUAUCAUUUUGCAGUUUUAGCUAUUAGACUUUUAAAAGAAAUAAUUGCCAUAUUUAUCCAUUGAAAAAUUAUUUUCAGUUUAGUGCACUCUAUAAAUGUAUGUUUUUAUGCAGCCUUAGUUAUGUUAUAUGCAAUAUUGCUCUGCCCUGAAGAAAUGAUUAGUAUAUCUAAAAGAUUUUGUAUAAAAAUAAUAUGUUUGACAUUGAAUUUGAGCUUUUCGCAGUUCUCCACCCUUACCAUGCUAAAUUUCUCAAAAAGACUUGUCCAUCUUUCAAUCUGGACAAAACCAUUAAUAGUUUUUGGAGAAAAUGUAAAAAAACAACAACAAUUAGUGACUGAAUAGCAAACAGUGCAGACCAUUUUCAGACAACAACACUGUGAGGCUGAUCUUGGUAUUCACAGGUCACAUGGGUAGGAUAUGUUUCCAAUAGUAGCCAAAGGGUUAAGUCAAUUUGUUAAAUAAGGUCAAAGGUUCAAGCACCAGACACACAAUAUUAACAAUAUCUUUUUUUUAAUGAAAUAAACACAAGUUGUUGCUUACUUAUGAAAUCAAUAUUGAUUGAGAAAUAAUAUAAAAUUUGUAAUAAGAUUAUCAGGCUAAGGUUUAAUAAGAUGAUACUUUGUGUAACAUUUGUGCCAAUAUAAGUGUAAAUGGUGAGUGUACAGGUACAAGUAAC